AAGGCAGUGUGACAGCAUGCACUUAGUUGUAACAACUAGAGGCUGAGGAUAGGACGAAAACUGCCACACAAACCCUGGCUCCUAAGACUCCAGAGAGCAGGUUUCCUAGCUACAAUUCCAGGCUUUCCUCGUCCAUUUCCCACUCUGUAAGACAUGAAGACACCCCUGUGGAUCCUGGUGCUGUUGCUGUGCCUGUGUGUGCCAGGACACAGUGACUGCCAAAGAGACUGUUUCUCCUGCGGAAUGCUCCUUUCCCACCACCACACCUUCAAUGUGCUGGUGUGUCUGGUGGAGUGUAAGGACAAGGUCUCCCCAGGGCUUACUUUGGAUCUGUGCCGACAGGCCGCUGAUCAGCUGCAGUUGUACUCCCGUCCAGCAGAGGGUGAAAUUCUGAUGACAGACAAGGAGGCGGAUGUACAGGCCCUGCUGCCAGCAGACCUGGGGGAUGGUGGGUUGCUGUACUCGAAGGCCCUGGAGCUUGAAGGUCCUCAUGUGGCGCAGGCCCUGAGUGCUGACCUGCCAGGAGGAGAUAGGCAGAUGGCCGAGAUCAGCUUGACCUUCCACUCCCAGCGACUUGGGUCUCAUGAGGAGGAAGGGGUGGAGGAGCAGGAGGAAGAGAAGGAGGAAAGGAGGGUGGGUGCUAAGCACGAGGGGGCUGCCAUGAGCCUUUCCAAGCGUUUUGGGGGAUUUCUGAAAGGCAAGCAUGGAUACAGGAAGCUGAUGGAUCCUGGACGGCCCCUGCGCAAGCGCUACGGUGGCUUCAUUGGGAUCCGCAAGUCGGCACGCAAGUGGAACAACCAGAAACGCUUUAGUGAGUUCCUCAAGCAGUACCUGGGCAUGAGCAGCCACUCCAGCAAGUUCAACAGCCUCUCGGCAGAUUUUACCUGACAGGACGAAGUGUAACAGCCAACUAGAACCCCCCAAAAGCCCGUAAUAUCCCCUCCUUACAUCAACGCAACUGCAGACACACUGACAUGAACAAAAAACACAAAUACACAGAUGUUAAGAUGUUACAAUUGUCUUGUUUUUGUUUUUUUAAAUCCAACCAAUUUGAAAAUACUGCAAGCUGCAAGCAAGCUUUCUGCCACAGAAGAUAUUGGGAGUCAACACUAGCAUUAUGUAGAGAAAACGGAUUACUUCUCUGAUCUGGUGAAUAAUUACAUACAGAAUUACAUUAAAAGUGGAUCAUUAUGUUUAAUAUUCCAUAGUUUAGUUAUUAAAAUAUGGUGCAGCAAGGAAGUUAUUCUCCAUUUCUUCAUAAAACCAAAUAAAAUCAUUUAGAUUUUUAUCAUUUUGUUACUGAUUGGCCUACAGAAAGAUGACCAACUUGUACAAACCCCCUCUCUCAGCUCCGGUCAUGUCAGGUUUUUUUUUUUUUGUUCCCUUGUUAAUGCUGCCCUCUGGUGUUUACAUAUAAAAUAUCUUCCUUAAUUCAUUUUAUCUUGUGGAUUUGUACAGUUCAUCAAAUAAUAAACCACAAAAAAUAAAUAUUUCUGUUAAUGGAGCUGUCAUUUCAACCUGAAUUUUACAAUUAUACUCAUAAAUGAUAGUGUGUUUACCUGUAAAUAUACAAAAACACUGGAGUGUGCAAUGGACUGAAUUUGGCCUAAGACCAAAUUAACCAAUUCAAAAAUAAUUAGACUAGUGUCUUACAAUACAGCGUACUCUAGAAUACACAAUUUAAUAAAGCAUAAGGAAGUAUUGGUUUAAACCAGAGACAGUAAUGGAAUGGAAUUACUUUUCAUCAACCAAUUUCAGUGUGAUUAGAUAAGUAAGAGCUCCUUUCCUGAGUAAGAAGUCAUUUUCACAUGCUGUUUAAAAAAAACAAAAAAAAAACAACCUUUUUGUUCAUGAUAAAGCAUGCACAUAGUAAAGGUGAUGUUAAAAGAAUUAACAUAUUAGUUUACUGCCCUGCGAUAGAUUGGCGGCCUGUCCAGGGUGUAUUCCUGCCUCUCGCCCAAUGCAUGCUCCAGUACCCCCCACGACCCUGCUCAGGAUAAGGGGGUAUAGAUAAUGGACGGAUGGAUAUUAGUUUACUAUUUCUUAUGUGGACUCCCAUUCAGAAGUUGACUGUUUUUACAUUUCUUUUUGGAUUUCUAUGCAGAAUUUGAUUGUGUUCUUAUACAAUAUAUAUAUGUUUUCUCAUUGGUUGAACAUUCAUGAAGGGGCAUGGUUGAAAUCUAGCCACAACUAGCAAUGCAACACAGAGAGCCCCAGAAACUUGUCUUACCAACCAGAACGUCUGAGAACAGGAAGUAUUUGGGAUAGAAUACUGGUGCUGUGUCUCUGGUCAGUACUACAGAAUAGCUGUGCAACUAAUUUACAAAUGAUAUUAUUCAGUUUCACAUGAAAAUAAAUCCCAGCCUUACAUUAUCUAAACAGGCUGUACUGGGAUGGAAAAGAUUCUGCAGUGAAAUUCCUGCAGGGGAACAUGCAUUCUGCAAAUGAUUCAGUCAUAAACUUGUGUUUCAAAUCUCAGACAAAGUGGAAUGAUUUCACAAAAUGAAGGUCUUAAGUUAUAUUUAAGCUUUUUUUUUUUUUUUUAAAUAAAAAAUAAAUACAUCUUGACAUUGUCUACUCAGAUAUGCUUUCAAAAAAGAAAAGAAAUUUCCCAAAUUUCCAUUAAAAAAUACAUACAUUUUCCUCUUGCAAAUAAAUAACACCGUUACAAGCUAACACAUAGAAAACAACUUUUAUAAACACAUACACAUGUUGGAACAGAGGUUGGAACAAAGCUCUGAGGCAGCCAAUACAACUUCACUUUUUGAAACUGCAUUUCUCUUUGUCACAGCAUCUGGUGGUUUGGUUGUUACUCAGCACCUCAGUGAUCAAUUCACUUGAAUACGCAGUUAAAUUAAGUCAUCUAGUUUCUUGAGUCUGAAUUGGUUGCUGUGAAAACAAAAACAGAAGAAUGAAAAAAACAGAACUACACUGCAGUUCUCCAAAAGCUAGAGUGAAUGUCAAAACUGUAUAAAAAUAAAAGAAAAAAAUGCAUUUCCCUAUCAAAUGGAGCAUCAGCUACAACAUUCGGAGUUGAUUACAGAAAAUUCUGGAACACCAUUUGGCUUUGGCCUGGUCAGUCUCUCUCCGGUAUAUGGUCAGGCAUAAAUGGGAGGAGAGGACCCGAAUGCUAGCACCACAGGCUGAGGUGCAAGGGACACAAAAAUGCAAAAUUGUAACAUUAAACCAGUAGGAACAAGUAUAAAAGUUUAAAAAAGAAAGAGAGAGGCUCCCGUUGUGCUGAGUCCAUCUUUUUUAAAGAGGUGAUUUUUCCUCUGUUGGGGAGAAUUCUGGGGCAUUCUAGGGUUCUGUCUACAAGGCACUGACAGGCCUUCUUCCAGCGACAGGCCGAGCACCACUGGUCCCGGUGCUCAAUCCCAUACACCUUGCGACACUUCUUAGCUUCCCCUCAGACCCUACUGAGACAAAUAAAGAGAGGGAGAAGAAGGGAACUAGUUUGGGUACCUUUUAUGAUUCUGAUGUGAUAUCCAGAAUGAUCUAAUAAAGAUACCAUGUCACUGAUACUAAUAUGUCUCAAACCAGAAGAUGUUGUUCCCCAGGAAC